UCUUCAACGAGCAUUCUUUUCCAAGAGAAAAAGAUUAAAUAACCCUGCCAGUUCCAACUGAUAAGAGAUCAGUCUCGCGCAAGGAAUGCUCAAAAUGGCUAGAGCCGGUUUCCGAAUCGCCCUGCUUCAGUUGAAGGUUGGCUCAAACAAGUCGGAAAACGUCGCCAAUGCACUAACUCGCAUCCGAUCGGCGGUCAAAGACAACGGAGCGCGGGUCGUCGCCCUUCCGGAGUGCUUCAAUUCCCCUUAUGGAACGCAACAUUUUGCCGAAUAUGCCGAAGAAGUUCCUAGUGGAGAAACCAGUCGCAGUCUUGCGGCCAUCGCCAAAGAACUGGGAAUCUACCUAAUUGGAGGAACGAUUCCGGAGAAGAAUGUACAGGAGGAUAAGAUUUACAACACUUGCACAGUGUGGUCCCCGGAGGGAACACUUAUGGCUACCUACCGGAAAAUUCAUUUAUUUGACAUUAACAUUCCCGGAGGGAUAACCUUCCGUGAGUCGGAUGUCCUUACAGGGGGUAGCGAUUUGGCAAUUGUAUCGAUGGAUGGGGCAAAGAUAGGCAUUGGAAUCUGCUAUGACAUUCGAUUCGAUGAACUGGCACGGUUGUAUCGCAAUCAGGGUUGUGACAUGCUGAUCUAUCCGGGUGCAUUUAACAUGAAGACGGGACCAUUGCACUGGGAGCUGCUCGCCAGGGCUAGAGCUAAUGAUACCCAAUCGUACAUUGCUACGAUUUCACCGGCGAGAGAUGCCGGAGCGGGUUAUGUGGCGUGGGGACACUCGAUGGUGGUCGAUCCAUGGGCCCAGGUCGUGGCCUCGGCAAAAGAGGGUCAGGAAACGGUUGUGGCCGAUGUGGAGCUCAAGAAGGUGGAUGAAGUGCGGGCGCAGAUUCCAAUUUUCAGCCAAAGAAGGACGGACCUAUACGAUACCAAGCCACAGAAAAGUUGAGUAUUUGGUGGAUGUUAGAGAUCUGAUCGAUACAAGGAGUUGAAAGAUGGCCAACAUUUACAGGUAAAUGCUUUUAGAAUUCACACACGAAUUGUGGAUGAUUUCUGUUGUUUUGAUUUGAAAUACAUUCGUUUUGCAUAACAAA